AUGGGGCACAUUUUUCUGAUUUUUUUUCCAGGAACGAAAGCCUUCAUGUGGGUUGCUGGGAGCUCCCCUCUCUCCAACAAAGUCUUUGCUCUGAAGAAGUUGGGCUUUCAGUGUAAACUUAGGGCAGCAUCUCACACAGUACUCAGGUUGAGAUACCACUUCCAAAGCAUAGGUGGCAUGCCAGUUUUGAAGGGCACCUGUGCACAUUAUUUUCAGCUGGGUGGCUUUAAUAUUGGGGCUAAUGUGAAAUUGCUCCCCAUUUCUUUUGUGAACAUUUUCAACAGUGUCUUCAAAAUAUCUCCCUUUUCGGCAGUUCUUUUUUUACAUAUCUUGGAAGAAGAAGAAAGACAUUUUUCAAGUGCCCCGAGUUGCAUUAUCAAGCAGCCCGAUCAGAUUGUGGCUGGUGACACUAUGACAUCAGGCCUAGUCUAG